AUCCCUCGUCUUUAGCUCCAAAACCAGUCAUUGGGGUUUCAUUGUGGUCACCCCACGAAAGCGACAUCGUCCAUUUUUUACCGUGUCCUCGAUUCUCCAAACAUCAUUAACUCAUCGCGUAACGUCCCACGUGUCCCUUUACACGAUCGAGGGGAUCGUCUUAUAUCCACCACAAACGGUUAAGAGCCCAGCUUUAGAUCUCACCUCCACCUCACCUCCACCCAUCCACGUGGUCUUUGACGUGGCAUCUCUUAACCCUUCAAUUAAGCCACGUCAUUGGCACGUAAGCGAGAAUAAUAUCUUUUAUUCGACGUUUCUUCCUUUCUCUUACACCUUUGGCCUCGCCGUUUCUCAACCAGUCAAGCAAAGCCAGCCAGUUUCUCUUUCAAAAUCUUCUUAUAAAGAUUUCGUUUUUCUUUUAUUAUUUUUAAUUUCAUAAACCCUAAAUUUUCGAGUUAAAGCUUUCGAGCUUUUCAUUUUUUCCCCUGAAAUUUUCAUGCUUUGCAAUUUUUGAAAAUUUUGACCUUUGGAAGAAUGGGAUGAGGAUCGGCUUUAAACGAGUUUCGAAAGGAUUUGUUGAAGGUUUGUGUUUGUAGAUGUUUGUAUCUUGAAGACAACGGGAUGUGCAAGCUCUUUUGUGGAAAAAAGGAACCAACUUAAUCUGGUGCCUUCCUUAUUAUUGGUCUUUUUGAAUCUGGUUGAUGGGGAUAGUUCAAAUGAGUAAUAAUGGUCCUGUGACCAAUGGAUUGGUUGAAUUGAAUACAAGUGUCCAUGAUGAGCACAAGCAAAUGAGGGAUGGGCUCACAGGUGAGGGGCAGGGCCUCUCAGCGGAGGACGAGUCACAGAUUAAUGAGGAUGUGGAAGACAGACAUGAUGGAAACAAGGAGGUGGUUCAGCUUCAGAUCCACAUGCGAGGUGUCCAGCAGAUGUCACAGCAACAGUCUCAUGGUCCUUUGGUUUGCUGGGAGAGGUUUUUACCUCUAAGGUCGUUGAAGGUUCUAUUGGUGGAAAAUGAUGACUCAACUCGCCAUGUUGUCUGUGCAUUGCUGCGAAAUUGUGGCUAUGGAGUUGCUGCUGUAUCAAAUGGUCAACAAGCUUGGAAGAUCUUGGAAGAUCUAACCAAUCACAUUGAUCUUGUUUUAACUGAGGUAGUCAUGCCUUGUUUGUCAGGCAUUGGCCUUUUAUGCAAGAUAAUGAACCACAAAACUUGCAAGAAUAUUCCAGUGAUUAUGAUGUCAUCACAUGAUUCUAUGAAUAUAGUCUUUAAGUGUUUGUCCAAGGGUGCAGUUGACUUUUUAGUGAAGCCCAUUCGAAAGAAUGAGCUUAAAAAUCUUUGGCAGCAUGUUUGGAGGAAAUGCCACAGCUCUAGUGGUAGUGGAAGUGAAAGUGGUAUACGGACUCAGAAAUCCACAAAAUCAAAAAGUUUUGAUUCAGACAACAAUACUGGAAGUAAUAAUGAGGAUGACAUUGGAAGUGUGGGUUUGAAUGUUCGGGAUGGAAGUGACAAUGGAAGUGGCACUCAGAGCUCAUGGACAAAGAGAGCAGUAGAGGUUGACAGCUCCCAGCCAAUAUCAACAUGGGACCAGUUAGUCAAUCCUCUUGAUAGCACUUGUGCACAGGUUAUCCCUUCCAAGUCUGAAGUUUUAGGGAAUAGCUGGGUUCCUAUAACAGCCACAAGGGAGUUUGAUAGACAGGAUGAUGAACUUGACAAUGCUGUUAUGGGCAAAGACUUGGAGAUGGGGGUACCUAAAAUUACAGCUUUGCAGCUUCGAAACCCAAGUGAAACGGUCAGUACCAACAUAGCAGGUGCUACUAGUAAAGAAAAUUUAUCUGAAAUAAACCCCAAGAAAGAUGAUGAGAAAUUGGAGGAGCAAUUGGAGCUUAACAGUGAGAAACCUGGUGGUGAUUUGAGAAACCGAGCUGCUGACCUGAUAGGUGUCAUCAGUAACAACACUGAUGCUCAGAUAGAAAAAGCAGUUUUUGACAUCUCAAAUUGUCUCCCCAAGGACUCUGACGCAAAAGAUAAUGCCGUCUAUGACACCAAGGAAAUACCUUCUCUUGAGCUAAGUUUAAAGAGACUGAGAGAUGUUGGAGAUACUGGAACAAGUGCCCAUGAACGUAAAGUGUUGAGACAUUCCGACCUUUCAGCCUUCUCAAGAUAUAAUUCUGGUUCAACUGCUAAUCAGGCCCCAACAGGAAAUGUUGGUAGUUGUUCUCCACUUGAUAAUAGCUCAGAGGCAGCUAAAACAGAUUCUAUGAAGAAUUUCCAUUCUAACUCAAAUAGCAUUCCUCCAAAGCAACAGUCCAAUGGAAGUAGUAACAAUAAUGACAUGGGUUCCACCACUAAUAAUGCCUUCAGCAAACCAGCGGUACUCAGUGACAAGCCAGCACCUAAAACUUCAGUUAAAUCUUUUCAUCCCUCUUCAGCCUUCCAACCAGUGCAGAAUGGCCGUGUUUCUGCUCUGCAACCUCUCACACAAGGUAAGGCUGAUGCUGCACUAGGUAAGAGGAUUUUAGUUCAAGCAAGGGUGCAAGUGCAGCGUCACCAUCACCAUUAUCACCACCACCACCACCACCACGUCCAUAACAUUUCCCAAAAUCCAAAAUUAGGUAACGUUGUUGAUUUUUCUUUGGAAAAUAUGGCAGCAGCAGUUCCCCAGUGUGGGUCUUCCAAUAUGUCACCACGUUUUGAAGGCAAUGCUGGUAACCAUAGUUUGAAUGGAAGUGCAUCAGGAAGUAACCAUGGAAGCAAUGGACAGAACGGAAGCAGCACUGCAUUAAAUACUGGGGGAAUGAAUCUUGAAAGUGAAAUUGGGGUGCCUGGGAAAGGUGGAACUGUUGGUGGAAUCGGAUUUGGAGGCAGCAAUGGAGUUUAUCAAAACCGUUUUGCUCAAAGAGAAGCUGCUUUGAACAAAUUCCGCCAGAAAAGGAAAGAAAGAUGCUUUGAGAAGAAGGUUCGAUAUCAGAGUAGAAAGAAACUGGCAGAGCAGAGACCGCGGAUUCGAGGACAGUUUGUGCGACAGGUCCAUGAAGACAAAAACAAGGAUACAGAUUGCUAAAACACCCCCUUCCCUUAGUCCGUGCAAAAUUUUAUGUAUCAGAUUAGCCCUACCGGGAAGGGAGAAUUCAGAUUCCAUGGUGCCGGAUUGUGCACGUAGCAAUAACAAAAUACAUACUCUUAAUCAAAGACCAAAUUCAUUUUAAGGACUCGAGUCAUCUUGAACUGUACUUUAUUAGUCUGACCUAUAUGGCUACGACCUAAACUAUAACUACUACAACUACCUUGCACAAGGUAACAACCCUUGAAGGGGUUGUUGCCCUCUGCUAUACUAGUACUACUACCAUCCACUGUGGUUUGCUGUUGUUUGUUAAAAGACUUGCAUGCAAGAAGUGGGUACAUAAAGACUGUUCUCUUGUGAAGUUUGUUUCAUGUGCAUUUCUUAACCAUUUC